AUGGGACUCCUGAUGUCACCCAUUGAACAGUGGGUCAGAUGUGUGCAGAGUUCGCCCUGUGGUGCGCUUGGCAGCAGCUCAUUGGAUGCGCUUGUUCAACAGAGUCAGGUCUCACCGGCUCCUCAGGGUCUUAAGUUUCAGGAGAAACUUCGGCGCACAGUGGCAACAUGCAGGCAUCCGGCGUGACGGACAUGUUCAAGUUUAUCCGAGCGAUCAUUCCCAGGGCGCUCUUCAUCCUGGUGUCUCUCACCGGGGUGUGGAGGGUGACAUUCGUGAAGGGGGACCUCAACUACUGGUUCCUGACUUUCCUCUUCCUGCCGCUGGUCGUCGAAAUGAUAUACACACUGAUAAGGCGAAAGGGAAAAGAUUACAAAUGGUUUUCUCCUCCUAUCUUUCUGUUCCUCAUCAGUAUCAUUCCCUCCAUCUGGAUCCUGGAGCUCCAGAACAAAGAGAGUGACCCUCAGUGCAACAAGCUGGACUCCUGGGAAAAUUUGCUCAGAUUGGGCUUCCAGAACAAGACCCUGGGAAACCAUACGUACCAGGACUACCUGAAGAUAGCCUCCUCUGUCUGCUCCAACGACUGGAUCCUGGCUCUUCAUCAGAUCCUGCUCAUCCUCCUGAUCGUGGGGAAGUGGCUUCUCCCCCUGGGAGGCGGAGUCACACGUGACGAACUCUCGCAGCUCCUCCUGAUUUUCGUUGGCACUGCGGCAGAUAUCUUGGAAUUCACUAGUGAGACACUGUCAGACGUCAAAGAGACCAACCCUCAUCUGGUCUACAUCAUCUUAGGUGUAUGGACCUGGAGCAUGUUGCAGUUCCCCCUGCAUCUGGCCGUGGUGUCAAAGCCGGACAGCGAGGGAGAGGAGGGCGUGACUGAGACGUCCCUCUUGUCUAAACACAGCACGGACAUAUGGAGCAUCGUGGAGGCCUUGUUCAUCCAGGACGGGCCCUUCCUGGUGGUCCGGCUCACCGUCAUGAUACAUUACCAUGUCUUCCACCAGAUGCUGGUUUUCUUUGCCAUCAAGAACUUCCUGGUGGUCAUACUCAACAUGUACAGGCUGGUUGUUAUAUGCCAGGACUCCAGGCCCUCCUCUGCCAGUACAACCGGCAGUAGGGGCAACGUCCUGUAAGUUGCGGGGAGAUGGAGCGAUGUUGCACACAAAGAUUUAAGGAUACACUCGACUGGCGAAACCUACAACUGGAGGAGGAGAAGAAGUAGAAAAUGCCUGCCUUCUGUUUUCAUUUCACAAGUGCUUAACUCUGUGGAAUCAAUUAGUUGUGAAUACUUAACACUGAUGGGAGCGGAAAACUGUGGGGAAUCAUGUUCAUACACUCGCAAGGGGGCGAAGUUGCCGAGUUCACAUUCCACACUGCGGCGCCUCGCGUCACGUCCUCACCUCGUUGACAGUUCACCGCAGUCCCCUCGGUGCUUACCUCAGUCAGCUCAGUUAAAACUCAACCAUUUAUUCAUUAGUUACCUGUCACUUACAUACUGUGGGGAUAUAGAAUGAAAAGUAGGAAGCAGAUCAUAACAGGAAAAGGGGGGGGGCGGGGAUAUCCCAAAACUGUCACAUCUAAACAGAUAGGGCUCAUUACUAAGCCUGCCAGCCUGUCACAGUAAAACGACGAGGGUAGUCCCCAAGCACAGCCUCCGAUUGUCAACACGGCACCUCCGCUGACUGAAGCCAGGCUACUGCUUAGAUAAAGAUUUAACAAUGCAGGAGGAAGAGGGGAAGACAGAGAGAUAGACUUGAUGGUACACAGAGGGUGACGUGUUGACAGAGGCUGAGAUCGAGAGCGAUUGUCUCAACCCAGACAGGAAGUUUAAACCGAUAGUAAAAACAUCCCAUCCUACAGUAGAUAAGGAUAGGGGAGACCGUGAAUUCUGGACUGUGUGACAUUUGAAAGGGAAAUAAUCAGGAAGGGAGGCAGAAAUUCAUUCUUUUGACCUAUGAUUUCCUCUUGAAUACCCCCCCGCCUUUUUAAAAAAGGACAUCUAUUCACAGAUCCAUCAAUCAUUGUGUUUGUUGGCUCAGUGUGAUUCUGUCCUUAAAGCAACAGUUCACCUGAAAAUGGAAAGUGCAGUCAGUACCUGUUCACCCUCAUGCCGAUGGAAACUCGGGUGUAGUUUUGUAGUGUAGAGCUUCACAGCGAACUAGAGUUGCAGCAUUCUCAUAAACAACAGAAUGCGAUGGAAACUUGCUUUAAAAUGUAAAAAAAAAAAGAAAAGAAAAACAAACAGAACAACAUGAAAAAGGGCUCCAUACAGCUUGUCUGCUGUAAUAAAAGUGUCCAGAAGCCCUGCGCUCCCAAAUUAAUUGCAUUUUAAAGCAAGUCCCUCGUCCACUUCAGUUGUUUAGGAGAACUGUGAAGCUCCAGGAAUGUUUUGCUUCUUUAUUUGUGGGUGAACUGUUCCUUUAAGUCUCAACUGAUCGUUGUUACUCUGCUACAUUCCACGACUUAAUUUGCAUUUGCUCAAUAGGUUUGAAGAUAAAGAGACUCAAGACAAAUCAAACCGCACUCAGGUAAUCAACUCAGUUUGAGUUGUGUGUGUGUGUGUGUGUGUGUGUGUGUGUGUGUGUGGUACCCUGUAAAACCAUGAAUUACGUCUUCUCGGCUUUAUGAUGCCAAAAAAAAAAAUCUUUAUUAUAACUCCCUGGUUUAUGUGAAAAUGUUUUUGUUAAGACAGAAUCAGAACAAACUGUGCAUUUUAACAUGUAUUAUUGUUUUCAUUAUGUUAUCUGUUUUAUUUUUUUUAAUCCCAAGUAGCCACAAAAUAGUAUUACAUCCUGGGUCUGACUGUAAUUUCCAAGUGUCAUUUUGUUAUCAUACUAUCUCAUUAUCAUAUUAUGAUAGUUCAAUGUGUGUGUGAGGUAUCCUGGCCUGACGCUGCCCCAAAUAAAUAAAACAUUCCAAAUUGUA